AUGGCGAUCAGGUGUGCAUAUAUGCAGUAUGCCUCCAUGCUUAUUGACGAGGAUAGGAUGUUGAAGCGUUUGUAUAAUUCAUACAUCGUUACUUGCUACAAUGACCUAAUCACUCCAUUUCUAAUGAAGGAUGAAUAUUUUGAUUAUUGCGCGGAUGUAUGGAGAUAUGGGUGUACGAUUUUAAAAAUGCUUACCGGCAUUGGGCUUGGUGUUAACAAGGAUAGCUUAACCAUGUACGUUGGAAGACUUCAAUAG